UAACGGAAAUAUUUCGAAGCAUUAAUAAAAGUUAGAACGCUGAACUAAAAAAAAAACAACUCGACAUGGAUAUGAAUUUGGAAGGAAAAUAUACCCCCAAGGAUUUUGCAUCAAUAAUGGAUAUGAAAAUUCCACCAAAAAAGCCAGCAACUGAUUUUGCACCACCGCCACCUCCCCAGCAGCCAGCUGAUUUUGAGGCAGCCAUAAAAGCUACAGGAUUUGGACGUUUUAAUAUUCUACUGCUGGCAGCAGCAUUUCCAGCCAUGUUGGCGGGGGUUAUUGAAACAGCUGUCAUCUCUUUUAUAUUACCCAGUGCCGAAUGUGAUCUUGAUCUGAGUCUUAUGGAUAAGGGUAUACUGAAUGCCAUAACGUCUUGUGGAAUGAUUUCAUCUUCAUUGGCUUGGGGUUAUUUGGCCGACACAAAGGGACGUAAAGGCAUUAUGGUAUGGGGCUGUUUGGUGAAUGUUAUAUUCGUCCUCUGGUCGGCCAUGAGUCAAAGUCGCAUAGAAUUAAUUAUUGCGAAAUUCUUUUCGGGAUUCGUAAUCUCUGGACCAUUUUCUGUUCUAAUGCCUUAUAUAACCGAAUUUCAUGGCUGCAAUUACCGGUCACGCAUCACGAUGAUUAUUGGAACCAUGAUUUCCAUUGGCGCAGUUUUAUUGCCAGUAUUGGCAUUGCUUAUUUUGCCAAAUGACUGGAAUUUCCUACUAGGGAAUAUACAAUUCAACUCCUGGCGAAUAUAUCUGGCAAUAUGUGGCAUACCAAGCCUUUUGGGUGGACUGGUGUUACUAGGAUUUCCUGAAACCCCAAGAUUUUUAAUGACCAAAGGCAGAAAUGAAGAAGCUCUAAAAGUGUUUAGAACAAUGUAUGCAAUGAACACAAAGAAUUCGAAGGAAACGUAUUCGAUAUCGGAACUAAAAAAUGAUUUCCCCACUCACCAACCUGAAGAGGACAAUGUGAAAGUUACAGGAAUUACAGAAAUAAAUCUAACAAAAAAUCCUUUGCAAGGGCAAACUGGUCCAUUUAAACUUCUGUUUUCAAAGUCAUACAUAAGUUUGACUUUGCGAGUAUUAACCUUGAAGUUUUUCAUGUUGUUUGGAAAAAACACCUUGCGCCUCUGGUUGCCCCAGCUAUUUGCCUCCAUUAAUGAGUAUGAACAGAUAUCAUCGGAUGCUACAAGUCUGUGCACAAUAUUGGAGUAUAGCGUUAACAAAACCGAGAUUAUUACAAAUCCUGAAGAGACAUGCAUUGUGAUUAUAACUCCAUCAACAUAUGCCAAUAACAUUGUGGUGAGCUGUGUAAUAUGUGUUGCAUUUCUGGCUGCAGGAACUCUUAUAAACAAGUUGGGAGAAAAGAGAAUGCAAGUUAUAACCUUAUUAAUUUGUGCAGUUUGCGGUUUCACUCUCUAUUGGUCAUCGUCCACUGUUACAACGCUCAUCAUCUCUUCUACUUACAUAAGUAUGGGCACGAUAGCAAUGACAGCUUUGAUUGGGGCAUCGGUUAAUUUGUUUCCAACAUCAUCCAGAACCAUAAUUGUUUCCUCCUCCAUGUCAUGUGGUCUCAUCGGCACCAUUUUGGGUAAUAUCUUAUUUCCCAUAUUCAUGGCAAUGGGUUGCAUACCGCCGAUUGUAAUGUUGGGUGGUGUUAUGUUUUUUGCAGCGAUUUUGGCAUAUUCUUUACCCAGCACCAAGAAAUCAGAACUUAAGUAAAUGUCAUUUUAUGGUAGUCCUAGAGCAAUUUUGUUUUGAAAACGU